CGCAGUCAGCUUUCCUCCUUGCCGCGUCCAGACAUCUUGAUUGAGUUGAUUAGGAGACAAUGUUCACUCGACGACGAUCACAGUUGAAAUAAAAUUUUAACCGGCCAAACACCUGCUUAAAUAGUUUUUGCGUUUGGCAUUUCGCGCAACGAAGUAAUCGUGUGGCGAAUGCCGUAGAAUCGGCAAAGCGAGCAAAAGGGGCGGAGCAUGCGUUGACGCGUUUUGCGCACAAAACCAGCUCCCACUGUCAAAGUUUCAUCAUUUCUCGUUGGACCUUCAAGGAAGACACAUCACACACUCCAAGUCAUCAUGGCACCGAAGACCGUUGCGGAAAAGACGUCUGCAGCUGCCGCCUCUGCCUCGAGCUCGACCGCUGCGGCCAAGAAGAUCGGCAAGGGCAAGGCAAAGAAGUCGCUCGUUAAGAGCAGUGUCAUCGCGAGUGUUGGAGCGGACAAGCCGAAGAAGCGAAAGCCCCGCCGCAAGGAGCACUUCGGAACGCAUCUGUACAAGGUGCUGAAGCAGGUCCACCCGGACACGGGCAUCUCGUCCAAAGCCAUGAACAUCAUGAAUAGCUUUGUGAACGACAUCUUCGAGCGGCUGGCCGGGGAAGCGGCCCGACUGGCGCACUACACCUCGCGGAAGACCAUGUCCUCCCGGGAGAUCCAGACCGCCGUCCGACUGCUGCUGCCCGGAGAGCUGGCAAAGCAUGCCGUGUCCGAGGGGACGAAGGCCGUGACCAAGUACACCACCUCGAAGUAGACGCCGGAUGCUGCGAUUCUUAGAAAACAAACGGCCCUUUUCAG